GUCACCUUCCUUCUUCCUGGAGUGCCUGGAAACCUCUGGCCCCCAGCAGGUGUAUCAUGGAGCUGGCCCUGCCUGCCAUCCUGUUUAUUCUUUUUCCUGGAGCCCUUCUGGGAAGCGAGAACCUCAUAACCGAUUCCUAUAGCGUGUCUCCUACGAUAGACAGUAGUCACACUAACCUGGAUUCAGUGUGUGGACGUCCCAGGGCCUCAGGCCGCAUCGUGUCGGGAGAGGAUGCCCAGCCAGGCCAGUGGCCUUGGCAGGUCAGCGUGAGGGAGAAUGGGGAGCACGUGUGUGGGGGCUCCCUGAUUGCUGAGAAGUGGGUGUUGACAGCUGCCCACUGCUUCAGCCAGGACCAGAGUUUGUCUGUCUACACAGUACUGCUGGGUACCAUCUCCUCCUACCCUGAGUCCAGUGAACCCCAUGAGCCGAGAACUGUGGCCCAGUUUAUCAAGCACCCGAGCUACUCAGAAAAUGAGCACAGUAGUGGAGACAUUGCCCUGGUGCAGCUGGCUUCAUCCGUCUCCUUUGGUGACUACAUCCUUCCAGUCUGCCUCCCGAGACCUGGAGACCCCCUGGGCCCUGGCACCCAGUGCUGGGUCACUGGCUGGGGAUACAUUGCCACAAAUCAACCUCUCCCACCACCUUUUACCCUGAAGGAGUUGCAAGUGCCUCUUAUUGAUGCUCAGACCUGCAAUGACUACUACCAGGAUAACUCCAUUUCCAGCACGGAGCCCGUCAUUUUUGGAGACAUGCUGUGCGCUGGCUUCAAGGAAGGCGAGAAGGAUGCCUGUAAUGGUGAUUCUGGAGGUCCCCUGGUCUGUGACAUUAAUGGUGUCUGGAUCCAGGCAGGGGUGGUGAGUUGGGGAUCCGACUGUGCUCUGCCCAAGAGACCAGGUGUGUACACCAAUGUCAGCGUCUACACCUCAUGGAUUGAGAACACGAUGUGGAACUCAGCCCUAGAAGUGAAGAGCUUCUCUCUGAGCCUUGCAGGGACCUCAGUCUCUGGCCUGUUCCUGUUCCUGGCAUCCCUGGCUAGCUCCUUCCUCUUCCUGGGGCCCUAACCUGCAAUUUCAUUAUCUCAGCCGCUAUAUUUGGAACUUUUGCCCUCUCUCUGCUCCUAGGCUAGAGUGACUUCUCUCAGGACCCCCUUCUAGUGCCCUCCAUGUAUAGUUACCUGCAGACAAGCACCCCAUCUGUACUCUGCUCUCCAGGGACCCUCUCCUCACCCCACAGAAGCAUCCUAACUCCCACAUCAUUAAGAUCCCUGGGACCAUCAGCUAAGCUCUAGUUUUCUGGCCCCCAUUGGCCCUCGGCUGCCUCUCACUCCCUGGGGUGUCUGUGGAUUUUCAGGGGUGGAGGGACAGGAAUCUUUCUUGCCUCUCACUCGAGGGUGGAGCCACCUUUAAGGGUAUCCUUUGGUGGCUUCUGUGACUGGGCUGGUCUCUCUAUAGUGAGGCUAUAUCUGAAGCAAUAAAGACUGGAUACAGCAGGA